AUCAUAAGUGCCUAUUUACAAUCACACAAACAUCCGAGAUCUCUAUAUUAUUCUAUACAUAACAUGAAUCGACACAAUCUGGAAGCUCAGCUUGGCACUUUUAAGGUUCUUAUAGUACACAUCCCAUGGGCAGGAGACAUCGCAGCAGAUGUGCUCCUCCUCGAAGCCAUCAUGCUUGAUUGGGCCGAUCAGAAGGGCUUGUUGGUCGACGUAGCUUACCGCGAGCGAGUGAAGCGCAGUCGUUACGCCUGGCUAGCAGCCCGGUGCCAUCCCAAGGCGGCACCCGAGCUUCUGUCAGUCAUCUCGAAAUUCUUCGUAUGGUACUUUGUUGCGGACGAUCUCUUUCUCGACAGGGUGGACCUUGUGACGCCAAACACGCUCUCCAACCUGACCGCCAUGAUCGACGUGGUUGCUUUCAACUGCGCAAGGCCCGAGCCUGUCUAUGGCGAACUGGCGUUGCUUGACAUUUGCCAGUCAUUACCUCAACUGUUAUCAGCGGAACAUUUUGAGCGUUUCGCCCAGGAAGUAAGGCUCUGGGCUACGACUGCCGGCUUACUGAUUCUGUAUCAUCUCCAGGAAGAGCCGGUAGGGGUGAGCCAAUUUGAAUCCAUCCGCCGCCAUACAAGUGGCGCGGGUUCUUGUCUAGCGUUGGCAGAUGCAUCGAACUGUGGUCCCGUCAGUCGAGAGGAGUUCUAUCGACCGGAUGUGCAGAAACUUUGUCGCUAUACGAACCAUAAUAUCUGCUUGGCGAAUGAUAUUCACAGUUUCAUUGUUGAGGCACGCCAACCUGGUUAG